AGCAUUUUCAAAAUCUAAAACAGUCCAGAUUCCCUAAUCAAAUGGGUGGCUUCCACAUCAUUCUCAUUAUCCUGAGCCUCCCCUUCGGUGAGUUAUGUGGACAUGGUUUUCGGUUUCCUCUCUAAAGCCUUGCUACUCAAGAGCAGCUUGGGAAGUGCUGGCCGAUUGUAGGAUAACCCAGCACAUGGUGGAGCAAACCAAUCGCAUUUUCACCUUUCGGGAUGCCAGGGGAGACCUCCAACUGCAGCGACGGGAAACAGUGCCCUCUGGGGUCACCCUUCUGAUGUACGCCAACCCAUCCGAUGUGCUGGAGACUCAGUGCCUGGACAGUGGCGGGUUCUCCGUUGCCCUGCCUAUGCGGUGUGGCAAUCCCAUGAUGCCAACGGUGACCAGGACAAGGGAUAACGAAUGUCCUGGCACCGUGUUUUCCGUGGGCUACACGAUUGAGGGCAGGAGUCUGGAGCUCUAUCGCACCUGCUUUGAUGCCGAGCACGGAAGGUCCUUGUACUCCCAGAGCGACGUCUACUACAAGACCUUUUUUCCGAGACGGCCAUUCGUGGACUUUGUAGCCGAUGAGAUGUUCAGUCCCCGAGAAGCAGCUGCCUACCUAAAGUCCAACAUUUACUUCUCCUUCAGAGCCAUCUACGGCGACGGCCAGUCAUACCUGCCGAAUCCUCGGGCCUUGAUCAUCAACCGAGGACACCUGGUGGCCUCUGCCGAUUUCCUGUUUGUGGACCAAAUGGGGAGCACCUUCCGCUACUUGAACGUGGUGCCGCAAUUCAAGUCCAUCAACGACGGCAACUGGGAGAAGAUAGAGCGCUGGGUGCGCAGCCAGAUCCCACCGUCCAGCUUCUUUCGGGUGAAGUCCGGCGGCAUCGGGGUUUUGACACUACCGGACGCCAAUGGAUCCUUUCAGCAGGCAUUCCUAGCCGGUUCCAAGAUACCUGUUCCGGAGUGGACCUACAAAGUGGUCCGAGAUGCCAGCGGUAAUGGCCUGUACGUGUUCCUCACGUACAACAACUCCUUCUACACAGAUAGGCCGCCGGUCCUGGACAUCUGCCAUCCUGUUGGUUGCCCCAUUAGUUUGCCCAACAACCCCUCUGAGGGAUACACCUUCUGCUGCAAUCCCAAGAGUUUCCCAUUCUAAAUCAGCGAUGUUGCAUAUUUCAUAGCUUCCCAUUUUCGGAAGGACUGCGCCAAAUUAUCCUGCGUAAUAAUCGCUUCAUAAAAAAUUCAGUAUUUUUAUUUAACAGACGCAUGUUGGUGGAAAAUUGCAGAGCAGCUAGUACACAGCGGAUAAAUUCGACAUAAUAUAUAUU